CCUUCUCCAGAUACUGAGGGUCACUUCGGCUCAAACGGAGAGAGAAAGGGAGGGGGGAAAAGACUUUCCCUCUCCCCCUCCCUUUCUCUUCCUUCCGCCGAAUCUCUUGGAGGUGCGUGGGGGGGCAUAACCGGGCCCUUCCGCGCUCGGGGGUUCAAGGCCUCCCCGUCGAUGCCGACCCGCUGCGAGCACGUCGCCGAGCACGGGAAGUCUCGUCCAGAAGAAGUCCGUCUUUUUAAUCUCGGAGUUCCUCCGAACCGCCGGGCUAGCCAGACACCGUGUUCGCUGCCGCCCAGCUCGGCUGAUGGGAGCGCAGCAGCCCGCGGAGGAGCCGGCGGCGGUGCCGGCGCCUUUCCCCCUUCCGCCGUCGGCAACGGGCACAGCUCGACGCACCGCUCCGAGGAUGUAGGAAGGCGCUCUUUCCAGCGUCUGUGGUUGAGCCUUGCACCUUUCAGCCACCGCCCGCCGCGUUCGCCGGCGGCCGGUACCGCUCUGGCCUAGUUCUGGGGAAGGCAGCCGCUCCGGCAGAGCAAACACGCAGUGAGGCCUGUAGCUGACCUCGCCUUUUAUGUGUCCCCAGCCUCGCCACUCACUCAGCAAGGCCACUAGCAGAGAAGGGACCGCUCUUUCCUUUAACUCACGGGACGGUACUGUAACUAAAUCCAUGCCGCAGGAAAGAGCCUACCGGGGCAGCAUUUCUCCUUUUUUUUUUUUUCCCCCCCUCCCCCCCCCCUCCAUCUUAAGUAAUCGCUAGGAAAAUAGUAUGACAUUUAUUACCAUUUCUUUCUGAAUCUGCUAACACCGUUUCCAGCAAAACCGACCGACUAAGGUCUCGCCAGCUGGCAACAGAGUCUUCUCUGGAAAGCACAAAAUUGAUCCGGAAGGCCUGAUCUUGCAGUGUCUGAUGGGUAGGCCAACUGUGUCCUGCCUUUGAAGCAGUGGGACUUGUAGGUUGGAAUUCAGAGCCUUAAGGGUUUUGUUGGGCGGGUUUGGCCCCAAAAAACAAGGGACUUGUCCCAGGUGUAAAGCGACCGCAUCUCUGGAGCUCAGAUCUGCCGUGAUUCCCUCCAGCCCUCCACGCCCCGCAGAUACAGAGCGGUACUUCUCUCCUUGCACCCCGCAGCUCACCACACUCCUUCCCUUACAGACCGAAACACUUGAUCGGUGGGCAUUGAGUGUGCGGAAUGCACACUCAGGUACUCCGUCACUCUGUAGAGUUAUAAAUGAUGUAGCAUGCCCCACCUUCCCUUUUGCACUCCGUUCAAACCCUUGAAAAACAUGUGGCGGGGAAGGGAAAUCUGUCAGUAAUACACACUUGGCGGGACAGUCUACUGCCUUGGUUUUGGCUUUUCCCAUUGCCGUCGGGAAAUGCACGGAGGGCCGGCUGCCGUGUGUGCCGCAGGCGAGGAAACUGCGAGUGCGGUGCCAGGACGGCUCCCGAGGAACGGGCUGCUGAGAUGUCCGAUAGAGGCUGGUUCCCAGAAGUGACGGGAGGACAGAUUUUCCCCGUUGUCCUGUCCCUGCCCGAGGCACCCACAGCCUCCUCCCCUGCCCCGGGCAGGUCCAGAUUAGAUGGAACCUCUCCCCGCCGCUCCUGGGGCCCAGCCCGGACCCUUCCGGGUUACACCCCCCACGAGCUGUGCUCGCAAAGUGACACAGGGAUCUCUGUGUGUGAUCGGGGAGAGGAGGAACACUUCGGUUGUAUCCGUGACUUUUCGACACCUAUAGCUUUCCAUUGGAUUUGCAAGCCCUCAAGUUGCUCUUCUCCAGCCGGAGCAUCAGAUAGGAUAGAAGAGGAGGUUUUCUCCCCUUCCUACCCACCCGCUGGGAAGAAAUCAAGGCAACAGAGACAAGGACCUGGUUCAAACCCUCUCUGCCCCUCAAGGGCCCCGAUCCCACAGCUACUCAGCUCGCCGCUCCUCACUUUCCCUGACGGGACCGGGCGGCGGGCACCGCAAGGAGUGCCCCGCACUGCCCGCCGGUUUCCAGCCCCUGGCUCCUCCCCACGCCCUGCUGCCGCUGUGGAACCAGAUGCCCCGUGCUCCGGGCUCCAGCCCCGAGAGCUCAUGCCCGUACGGAUAUGGCCAUCUCCCCUCUCACCCUCCCCAGUCCUCGGCAGCACCCCAAACUCUUCCCAAAAUGAAGGACCUGCGAUGGGAGUGCUAAACAAACCAGGCAGAUGCCUUCACUCAUCAGACUCACCCUUCCCUUCCCUUCCCUUCCCUUCCCUUCCCUUCCCUUCCCUUCCCUUCCCUUCCCUUCCCUUCCCUUCCCUUCCCUUCCCUUCCCUUCCCUUCCCUUCCCUUCCCUUCCCUUCCCUUCCCUUCCCUUCCCUUCCCUUCCCUUCUUAAAAAAAUUCAGAGGAAAAAAAAUACCUAAACCGUUGCUUGUACAAAAACAGUGUAAGCCGAGUUUGGAGGUCUUGUUGUGGGGUUAAUUUGACGAGUUGGUGUUCUUCUGUUUAUUGUUUUGGUGCGCUGCAGCCAGUAUCGCCUAGGGGCAGGAAUCGCUCUGCCCGAGGGGUUCCUCUGGUUUCCGAGGAGUUGUUCUGGUUUAAAAUCGAAUAUCGUGCCCAACCCGUAGGUCUGAGAGCAGCAGCGGUGGGACCGAACGCCCACCUUGUACUCAGCUCCCCCGCCCCAAGUGCAACAGGGGGUCAGGGUGGGCUCAGCGCGGCUGCAAGUCGGAGGGGUGGGCACCGAGCCUGGUUUUGGAGACCCAGGCCAGGCUGAGUACAGCAAAAAACGUGGGUGAGUGCGUGUGAGUGCGCGUGUUACACAGAUGUAUGUAUAAACACAUCACUAUUUGUUAAAUUAGUACAAUCGAAUAUAAACUAUAUUGGUUUAGUUAUCUUACAAAAUAACAGUGACUUAGUCCGGCAGUUUAUCUUAAUUUGCCUUAUGAGUUUGAAGAUCUGCAAGAAAGGCAAACUGGGGAAUUUGGAAAUAUGUAUUUUUACGUAUUAAAUAUACACAAACAUAUGCAAAUAUACUACAGCUAUGUAAAAUCUUAUCAACAAAUGCACAUAUUAAUUUUAUGGAAAUGCUGCUGUCUGUUGAUACGGUAGGAUGGGACAUGAGAUGUGAUGUGAUGUUAUACUGUCAGCCCCCCUUUGUAUGUGAAGCUCGUGGCGGGGUCUGCCAGGAUCCCCCUCCCAGAGCUGACAGCUGUGACAUCCUCCCUCUCCCCUCGCCCCCAUGGGCUCCGGCCCCACCUGGAUGCGGCCCGUAGGAAAGGGAGGUGAUUUCCUCACUGCUGCUGUCCCAGCGCUCGGGAAAAGACGGUCAGCAAGGCACGAGUGCCUUGUCUGUUAGCACGGUGUCGUCUCCGGCCCUUCCCUGCAGAAAUAAGUCUUAUUUAUUAGAGGAGACAAGGGGCUCCUGGAAUUAAUUGCAGAUUUUAAACCUGCCGCCCCCUCCCCUAACCCC